AUGCGGGCACUCGUGGCCGUGAAACGGGUGGUGGACUAUGCCGUGAAGGUCCGUGUGAAGCCGGACAAAACCGGCAUCGACUUGAACAACGUGAAGAUGUCCAUGAACCCGUUCUGUGAGAUUGCGGUCGAGGAGGGAUUGAGACUAAAAGAGAAGGGGCACAUCUCCGAGCUGAUUGCAGUCUCCUGCGGGCCUGACAAGGCCUCCGAGACCCUGCGACAAGCCCUGGCGAUGGGUGCUGACCGAGCUGUCCAUUUGAAGACGGACAUGCGGACGGACCAGGAGCUUCAGCCGCUUGCUGUCGCGAAACUACUGGCGAAAGUUGUGGAGAAGGAAACUCCGAGCGUAGUUCUGCUUGGAAAACAGGCGAUAGAUGAUGACAGUAACCAGACUGGUGCUCUCCUGGCUGGCCUCCUGAAGUGGCCACAGGCGGGCUGCGCCUCCAAAGUGGAGGUGGACGACGGAAAGACUGCACUCACAGUGGCCCGUGAGGUGGAUGCAGGCAUCCAGGAAGUCAAGGUUCCUCUCCCCGCCGUCGUCACGGCGGACCUGCGCCUCAACGAGCCCCGCUAUGCCACGCUGCCGAACCUCAUGAAGGCUAAGAAGAAGCCCAUGGAG